GGGGGAUAUCCUUACCCUGACCUCACGGAUGCAAGGAAGAACAAAAGAUUACCCUGGCCGAUCGUAACAAAUUCGCGAGUAUUGGGCUGUGUACGCAUCGGUCAGGGUGCAUAACUACUCAUGCUGACUCUCCUUCGCAUUGCGGACUCCUUCGCACUGCUUAAAAAUUUCGCUAUUCCAAAAAGGAUAUUAAAAGGGGUUGCAACCCUAAUUAACGAGAGUUGUCUUAAAACCUUCGUACACAAGAGUUGUUGUAACCAUCGGAAAGUUCAGUUGCUAACCUAAGCUAUCAGUUACGCGUCACACAAGCAAAUAAAGUGUUAUAGUGAAAACCAAUUCAGAUUGCUUCAAUCAUUGUGUCGAAACAACAGUUGAAAAUCAUAACAUCAAACUUUGCAAAAGAUUCGAAAUGGAAACGACAAAUAAGGAGGACAUGUGGUGUGAGGACACCUACGAAGAAGUUGGUACAAACCAAGUUCCAACCAUUCAGUUUCCAAAUAUUCCAAACCUCCAAAUAAUCAAAAUAAUAGGGGAACCACAGCUCAAUUCCACGAACAAUAAUAAUAACCUUGCAGUCGACAUGCAACCAUGUAAUUCUUCUUGUCAUGCCAACACCGAGAAAUGCGCGGAUCGAGCAAUCCAACCAGAUGAAAUUUGCGGCAAUGAACAAACUAACAAAAGAGCAAAAUUGUCUUCAGAAGCAGAGAUUGCGGAGCUUAGAGCCAAAGUGGAUCGGUUAGAGAAAGAAAAUAAGUAUUUAAAGGAUCUUAUAGACAAUAAACUUGAUAUACUUAUUAGAAAUUCAGCCCGGCAUCGAGAAGCCGUAGAGGAGUUAGUCGCUGUAAGUUGUCCUAGGCAAGGUCUACUUUCUAGGAACGAAUUUGAGCUAGCCAAGCUUAAUACAAAAGAAGAAUUAGAUACCUUUGAGCAAUCGAUUAGCACUGACCCAUCAUUUAAAGAAAAUGUAGUUAGGUAUUUGCAGAGGCAAAUAACAGUCGCAGAUGUAGACAGUCGAUUACAUGAAGCGCUUGAUUUACUUUUUACUCGACCAUUUUUUGCCACAAUCAGUUGGACUGGAAAAAGUAAGCCGGGAUCAACGAAGAUAGAGUUCAGGAAGUGUGAAGGCAUAAUUCUUCUGUUAAAAGAAAUAGGAAGUAAUGCGAGAGUUUUAGCAACUCCCAAAUACGUUGCAGAUUUUAUAAAAAUUCGUCUUAAGCACGCUCCGUCUCGAGCUAACCUUUCUCCUACCAAACACACUUCUCUUCAUAAAAAAAGAAAUUAAUUCAUUAAUCAUUAAGUACUUAUCAUGUAGACUACCACCGAAAUAAAUGAUAUCUCUCUGAAAAAUUAUUAUUAA